AUGAGCGCUUCGUCGCUCUCGCCACCACCCUCGCCGGCCGUUUCGUCGCGCCUGCAGCAGCCCCCCACCCCGCAGGCCACCACCGCCGCCAUCCUCGGCGCCAGCUCGAACGGCUGGUCCCCGCUCCGUCUGCACAAAAACAAGAACGAGCCCGCAUUCCAAUCGCCAUCACAGACCGGCGAAAACGACAAUGACGACGCCGCACAUCCCUCUUCCCAGAGCCCAAAGAAGCAGACGCAGAACUUUGCAUCCCUGCGCAGCCACGGCCUCGUGAGCAACAGCAUCUUCCUUCAGCAGGCCGCCAGCUCAAACUCGCUCCACGACAGCGCCGCUUCGCCCGCACACGCUGCACGCCACUCGGGAUCCCCGCACGUCCCAUCGCCUUCCACUGGCGGCGCACGCACCUCUGUCGGGCUCGGCAUCGGCGUCUCGUCUUCCCCCAGCAGAAUCCCCAUCUCUAGAAGAUCUGGUCCAUCACCGCGGAAGGCGAGCAGGGAUCAGACUCCGGCGCCGGCGCCCGACUCCGAAAACCAGACGCCGUCCGACGUCUUUGGCCCUCUGACGGCGGCACCUCCGACACGGGAAAGGCCGACGUCGCCGAGGAAAAGCAAAGGCUUCGAGGUGCUCCAGCGUUCCAGCUACGUCAGCAACUCGCCCUUCAAGCAGAUCGAGAACCGCGGCCAUGAGUCCGGCCAGAGUCCUGUCGCCCUUCCCAGCCCUCGAAAGCUCGCCAGCCCAGCUCACGGACGCACGGAGACAUCCGUGGCCGAGCUCGGGCAAGCGGGCCCCGACGCCCCUUCUACUCCCACCUCGAAGGGCUUGCUGGUCUCCAACCGACUCCACGGGCCGCGGACGAUGGAGGCAUCUCUGCCCAAGCCGAGCAACGACGGUAAACUCCCUCGCCAGAGGCAGCGGCGCAAGACGGUCACGUUUGACGAGAUCCUCGACGUCCAGGAGUUCGACAAGGAGAGCAGCUUCGACGUCGAGAGCAUGCGCAGCGACGUCAGCAUCGACAACUACGGCCACGACGGCGAGGGCGACGAGGACCCGAUGUGGCUCUCGGGCUCCAGCCGCGACGAAGACAGCCUGAUUGAUUUCGAAGACGACCUCCGCAACCGCACAGGUGGCAGGCUCCAGAUCGUCAAUGGCAGCCCCGACCCGUCCACCCCGGACAUGCUCCACGACUCGUUUGCCGACGAUCUCGAGCCGGAGCUCUCCUGCGACAGCCGCGAGACAUCCUCGAUCGACGACGAACCGGCCAGCCCGCCAGCCCGGUCCCUGCCCUCACCGCACCGACGUCCCGCUGACGGCGCAGACGCCAGCUUUGACAAGACGUUUGCGACGGCGGGGACCAAUCUCAGCGUCGAUGAGAGCAUCGACGAGCGCGACUUCAACGGCAGCUUCAGCGGUCUCUGCGCGGCCGAUCGCGUCGACAGCCUGGUCGACGAGCUGCUCAAUGAGGACAUCCUACACAGUCCCUCGCAGCGGACCGCCUCCCCCGUGGAACCCCUCGCAUCCAGCCCUCUGCCAGCGGAGCCCACGUCGCAGCUGCGAAACGAGUCAGUCAGCGAUGCCGAGGCGAGGGGUGCUCUGCGCGUCCAGCAGGUCGAGCUGCCGGCCGUCAAGAGCAUGCAAGCCACCCUCCACGACGCAUCUUCGCCGAUCGACGCCGAAAGUCUGUCCGACGAGGUGGCCUCCCAGCAAAUGUCUACGGGUCCACGCGACGGGCAUCGCAACCUCGUCCUGCCGGCCAGUGAGAGCCGCGAACUGCCUGAGCUACCGGCAUGGAGCCCGCUCACUUUCAACGACGGCGCCCUCGGCGGGUUCUCGCCGAUGCAGACUCCAUCGACGCCCCAGACGGCGGAGCAGCCGCUUGAGCCAGAGCCGUCCGCAUCCCCUUCCAAGAAGAAUGGCUCUCUUCGCGGCCGCCCACACAUCUCUCGCGACGCUAUUCUCCAGAGGGUGGCGCGAGAGAAGCAACAACGGCUAGAGCAGGAGCAGAUGGCGCGCCAGCAGCCUAUGCAGGGAUCCCCCGCCCCGCAGCCGGUCGCUGCGGCGAUGCGGGCUCCUCGCGGCAGCGAGCCAGGUAUUCGUCCGCAGAGGAGCUUCGAGGCGAGCUUCGACGAGACGGGAGGCCGCCAGGCUGCGGUGCAUCCGCGCCCAAGCGCUCCCAUUGGCAAGGAGGAUGCCGAGCUCGCGAAGAAGCAGGGCAUUUCGAAAGCGCCCGAGCCUGCACCGAUCGUCGCCACCGAGGCGCGGCCGCAACCGCCCCCGAGUCCCGUCAAAGCGAUGCGCGAUGUCGAGAGCCCGCUGGAAAAGCUGGGCGCCGCAUACAUGACCGCUGCCGACGCGGACUCGGCUGUCGAAGAGGCCAGAGGCAGGUGUGGUAGCGAUGCCGCCAUGGACACCGAGGACCGGCUGCUGCCGCCCCGGCCGUCGGAUGCCGAAAUCGAGCUCCGGGGCCCGUCCAACGGGCGGCUGUCUCCCUCGAUGCUGGGGGCGCCGCCCCCUCCCAUCACCCCGGCCCAGCAGGCCGAGCAGAUCAUCCUCCGCCGCAGGAGCAAGAACGGCAAGGGACGGCGGAAGCGCAGCAUGAGCACGGGCGACGCGGGCCCGGUCUUCACGGCGGCCCGCUCUCCCCUCGUUUCGCCCGAACAGCUCGAGGAGGAGGAGCUGUCCGAGGAGAGCUCCGUCGGAUCGGAGCCGGCAGAACUGCCCAACCGGCAGAGCAUCAGCGCCGACCUGGCGCGGAGCAAGGCGAUGCUGGACGUUAGCCUGCAGCGAGCGAUCGACUCUGGCUUCAGCGCCAACCUCGAGAGCGAGAUCAGCCGCAUCUAUCGACAGGGCGAGCUCACGUACAAGAUCAAUGACCGCGGCACCUUCCAGGGCAUCGACGACAAGGUCUCGCACACCACGGCGGCCGGCGACGUCGACAGCGGCAAGGCGUGGCGCAAGCUGCGGAGGCCGAGCGACAUGAACGAGUACGCGCGCGAGAUGCGCGAGUAUCGGCAGAACGAGAACCCCAAGCGCGCCUCGGGCAAGGUGUUUGUCAUGGUCGACUCGUUCACACCCGCCGCGCUGCCGAUCCCCUCCAAGCCGACCUACUUCCACUGCGUCCUCGACAACGGCCUGCACAUGGUGCAGACGGCGACGGUGCCGCUGCGCCCUGGCGCGCCCAGCAAGAUUGCCCAGGAGUUUGAGCUGAUCCAGCACAAGAACCUCGAGUUCAGCCUGACGCUGGUCGUCAAGCGCGAUGCCCACCUGCAGGAGCCGCAGCGUCCGGCCUCUCCCGGCGGCAUGGGUCGCAAGGAGCACACCAGCCCCACGCUCAAGGCCUUCAGCCGGCUGUUUACCAGCCCCAAGAAGCAGGCGGCCAAGCGGCUGCAGCAGGAGCGCGACGAGGCGGCCGAGCUGGCGGCGCAGGCGUCGCGCGCCGAGCCGAUGCUGUCGUACAUCAACCGCGAGGGCGCCUUUGGCAGGGCGGGCGUCGUCUUUGACAAGGUGGCCGCAAGCUGCCACGGCAAGUGCCUCGUGCUCGAGCUGCCCGUCUACGGAGCCUCGAACCCGGUGCAAAGCAUGUCGGGCCCGUCGAGCCUCGCUGGUCGAGGCGACACGAUCGCCUCCCCGUUCGCGGCCGACUUUUCGCGCAACCUCAACAAGGUGCGCGGCACGCUGCGGCUGAAGCUCUUCUACCUGCCGGCCAUGCCCACCAUCCCGCGCGACAAGCUGCCCGAGAACCUCGGCGAGUGCAUCCGCGGCAUGCAGAACGCGGUCUGGCACCGCUCGGCGCCGUGGCGAGAAGGCACGUUGACCCAGAUGGGCGGCGACUGCCUCAGCUGGCGCCGCCGCCCCGUCAAGGCACAGGGCCAGUUCCUGGUGUGCUACAACGAGGUGACCAAGAAGCCUACGGUCAAGAUUGACCUGUCCAAGGCGGUGGCGGUCGAGGUGGCGGCCGACAGCAAGUCGAACCCGCCGUCGCGGAUCCUGGGCGCCUCGGACGGCCGCGCGUCGAGGUCGACGGUGCGCAGCGUCAACGUCGAAGAGGACCCGGAUGCCAACUACGAGGUGGAGCGCUCGUUCCGCAUCACGUUUGCCGACGGCGAGCGCAUCCACUUUUUCGCCGACACCGACGAGGAGAAGGAGCGCUGGGUAGAGGUGCUGAGCAACGUCAUCGAGAGCCCGAUCCCGCCCAACCCGCUGUGGGCGCAGGUGGCUCUGGAGAGCAUCAGCCAGUCGGCCCAGCUCAGCUCCAACAUUCCCAAGCUGGCCGGUGCCCAGCCGCGCAAGAGCAGCAGCAAGCACCUGCGCGACGCUCGGAAGCCGCCGCCCGUCGUGGCCGAAGAGCCGGUCGAAGCGAAAGCUGCGGGUCCAUCGCCGUCGUCAGAGGCCGCGAGGUCAGCCCAGCCGCCGGUCGGCAGCCUGAGCGGCGCUGCCAAUGGUUCGACGAGGUCGACGCCGAGCAAGCUCCCGAUGCCGCAGCAGCCGCCAAGCCUGGCCUCGAUGCGAUCCACGCCGAGCAGGUUGCCGUUGCCCAGCGAAGCUUCGCAGCCGCAGCCACAGGCGCAGCCGCAGCCGCCAUCUCUGACGCGGCCGGGUCCGCCGGUGCCGCAAAAGGGACCCGCCCUGUCGGUCCCCCGGCCCGUCGUGCACAACCCGGCGGGCAACGUGGCGUUUGACCGUCUGCGUCGCGCUGCGGCCAACCGCUCCGAGGCAUCGAGCCACGGCUCCAACACCCACUGA